UUCCUCCAUUGCAAUGUUAUCAGCAGCGACAACGAAAUUAUCUAAAUCUGCCAGGAAGUGGUUUGACCUAUCAACCGGAUCAAUCACACGGUCAUGGACAACUUUCAAAGAAGCCAUAACAAACAGAUUCAAAAGAAGAGUUAAUUUUAGUGCGGUUAUGCGCAAAGUAGAUGCAAGAAAAUGGUUCUACAGUAAUGAAUCUUUUCAAGAAUAUGCAAUGGAGAAAUUAGCUUUGAUACAUUGUUUAAAUUUAAGUGAAUCUGAUACCAUACAAUUACUUAUUGACGGUAUCGGAAGUAUAGCAAUAAAAUCAACUGCUCUUAAUCUUGCACUUAAGAUUGAUAAAAUUGAUGAAUUCCUCGAGAACAUGCAUCAUAUUACUUCAGCCAUUGAACGGACUAAAAAAUCUCCAGUCCUUAAUGCAAAAUUUGAAAGAUCCAAAGACAAUGAAUAUAAGAAGACUGAUCAACAUUCGAAGACUGAUCAACAAGUGAAGAUGGAGAAGAACCUUUACUGUGUAUUCUGCCAUAAAAGGAACCACAACAAAGAAGAUUGCUUUAAGUUGAAAAGGAAAUCAGCAGAAGAUCCACAAUCUCCCCAAAAUACAGCCGGUGCAGUCACCACUGAAGUCGACGAACACACGGAUCAUGCCAUUCCCGCAGAUAACAUUGUAGCAAGCGUUGCGUUGUCUGAUGAGAGCGAUGGUAGGAAAUUAGUCACCAAUAAUUCGGUAAUCGAAAUUAAUAAGAUCGAGGAACUGCCUUCACCUCUCAGGAGUUUACAGAAUUUUUAUCGAAUUUAAAUAUUAAACAUCGUUUGGUGGCAGUUGCAGCCCCAUGGGCUAAUGGUUUAGUUGAGAGAGUAAACAGAUUUCUUAAAUCAUCCCUAAGAAAAAUCGUAGAUGAACAAUUAUUAUGGGAUAAACAUAUCGACACUGUCCAGUACGUAAUGAAUACAGUAGAACCCCGCGUUAGCGUACUCCGCGUUAGCGGAAACUAUCCCCUCCAUAUGCACUCGGUCCACAUGAGUAGCGUGUGUGGGGAUAGCAAUGCAGUCACGUAGUAUGUAAGCAGUUACGACGUAUUCUUAAAGAUUUAUGCAAGAUUUUAAUGUGUAAUUAAUUCAUUUAAGACUAAGAAAUGGCUAAUAUUUUUUUAAAUUUAAGAAUUU